UAGAAAUCAGCGUGUAUUUCCUGUGAGAUCAGCUUCCUGUCGUUUUAGUUUGAAAUCUCACAGCGGAAGUGCUGCGUGUCGGCAGGUAACUUGACUGCGCGGACUCCGGAGACAAAACCGAGUUUCACUGAAGAGAAGAAAGUUGCAGCUGCAGCUUUCUGACGGACCCGCUUUGAUUCCGGACUCAAUGCCCCUGAAGUCUGUUGGUCUCCGGAGGCUGAAGACCCGCAGCUGCGGACGGGCUGGUUCUCACGGGUUCAGCUGGAGCCGCUGCGGGUUCUGGUUCAGGUCAGAGGUUCUGAAGACUGUUUAACUCCCUCUGCAGGCCGGCCUGGGAACUGCACCAACAGCUAACAGCUAACAGCUAACAGCUAACCAAGUCAGCCAGCCGACCAGUGAAGCAGUCCUGUGGCGGUGUUCAGGCUGUUGGAUGGCCACAGGAGUGAACUACUGGAGCUCUUAUGAACCCAAUUACAAGGUGAGUGAGUGUGUGUGGGGCGGAGAACAGGAGUCGAGCAGUGAGGAGGGAGGAGGCGGGGUCACAUGGGAAACACAAGCCAUGGAGGUCAAAGGUCAACUCAUCUCAGCACCUGACCCUCUCACCUGUCCGGACAGGAAGCAGAGGGAGCGAAUGGCAGAGCUGCAGGAGAGGAGGCGGAGCCUGCAGGCGCUGCUGAGCGCUCGACUGGCUGAGCUGAGACGCAUCUGUCUGCAAGAAGCGGAACUGACAGGUGCGGUGCCCAGUGACUUCCCCCUAGAGGCGGGAGAAAAACCCCCCUGUGUCCGACGGAGAGGUGGGACGUCUCGCCAAGGAAACAGGAAGUGUCGAGCAGAGGAGGAAGACUCUCAGCGUUUGAAGCCGAAGAAAACUUUAUUCAGCGGAGCUCUGAGGAAACACAGCGACUCUGAGCACAACACACACACACAGACACACACACACCACGGCAAGAGGACUGUACACAGAGGCUGCCACACAGACGACACGGUGAGGUCAGAGAGCAGCUCGACAUCAGACUCCACAGGACAGGAUAACGAUGACGGCGUGUCUCAGUGUCGCCCCCUGCUGGUCUCUGCUGGUUCUCCAGUAGAGGUUUUCUACCAGAACAAAUCCAGGAGGAACUCACUGCACAACAGGACCAACCAUCCAGAGACUCUUCAGACCCACAAGCCCCUCCCCCUGCCUCCCUCCCAUCCUCCCCCUCCUCCUCCUGCCCCUCGCUCUCUGGACUCCUCCUCCUCUGGCCCCUCUGAUCCAGGAGCAGCGGGGGAGGGCGGGGUCAGGGUCAACGCAGCUCGUCACAGUAAUGGCUCUGACGGCCUCCUGGACCACAUCACCAUCCCGGAGGAGGAGGGGGGGCCGCAGCAGGGGGGAUUGUGGGUAAACGGUCUGCCGGGGUCGAGAGGAACGAACACCGCCGGUGCAACGUUCAGGAGCUCCGAGACGCUGACAGAUGGACGGAUGAGGACGAGGACAAAUAAUGGACUCAUCGAGGGGGGAGGGGCGGGGCGAGGAAGAGGAGGAGGAAGAGGAGGGGGGUACAGCGAGGUCCUGCUGGAUUACGUGUGGGGGAAACAGCAGCAGCUGCAGCGACAGCAGUCCCAAACCAACAACAGGCAACCAGUCACAUCACACCACCAGCUGGUCUACAGCGGCUACUCCUCCCAGCAGCCCCCAGGAGCCCCGCCCACCUACCGCGGUCACCCGGGCGACCAGCGGCGAGUCAAAGUGACCCGCACCAAAUCCUGCGGCCCCUUCCUCCCGGUGCAGCAGAGCCAGACUGAUACCCAUAAUCUUCCUCUGUCUGCCAUCCAGCCAGACCCCCACCCCCACCUGCUGCCCCCGCCCACCACAGCUGCCCCCCCCCCAGGACGCACAACGGAGGAGGCCAACAGGAGCCUCCACAAAGCCCUCGCCCUAGAAGGUCUGAGGGACUGGUACCUGAGGAACACGAUAGGCUCCACCCACCAAAACCAGGCCAACGGAAAGAUCAACACAGGAAAUGCGGUAAACGGGGGGGUCAAAGGUCUGGCUGGAGGGGGAGGAGCUCUGCAAGGCAGACGGAGGACUCACGGUGUCAUCCAGCAGUCGACCUAUCAGACGGAGACGAGUCAUUAUCACGCUGCACCGCAUCACAAACAGAUGCUGCCGCAUUCAGCCACGUUCCACGGACACCCACUGCAUGGCAGGUCUAUGGAUAGCUCUCUCUACCACGAUUCCUUCCCUCCUGAGAAACAGGAAGUUCCUCUCAGAGACCUGACUGUGGAUCAGCCGUCUCCUGGAACUCUGGUUUGACUCACCGACCAAUCAGGAUGCUGACGGACAGAUACACAGACCAAUCCCGGGCUGGCUUCCCGGGAUCAGCAACUCUCUGGACUUUGUGUUCUGCUGGAGCCUCCUGCUGUUCACCAGGACCUGCAGCUCAGUGGUUCAAAUGUCGGUCGUCUCUUCAGGUUACACCAGCAGCUCCUCAGAACCCACUUCUCUCUUACUUCACCUGAAACCCCACCCCCCAUGAUGUCACACACAGGAUGAUGAUGUCACCGUCCUGUUGCAGUCUGACCUCAGGGUGGCGUCUCUGGAUGAACUCAGACCCCCCCCCCCAAUCAAACCCAUGUCGGAGGUGUGUCUGAAUGGGUUAACACACGUCAGCUGACCGCCCUCUCGACCAGCGACCAGCGUCAGACGCUGCUCAGCUCUGAUGAAAUGGAUUCAGUGACACUGAAGUCUGAACCUGUUUCUGGAUAAGGGUUAGACUGAACUGGAAGUUUUCUACGACGACGUCUUCGUCUUUAAUCUGUCAGACUCUGCUCAGACAAUCAGGACCAGUUUUUAUAUGAACUUUUGAUAAAAGUGAUGAUGAAACUGUUGCACCAGCUGACAUCACCAGCUGUCAUCACCAGCUCAGUCCAACCGACCAGCAGUUUGUCCGGAAGAUGAACUUUUGAUAAAGUUUAAACUGCUUAGAUCAGGUGACCUGUUUGAUCCCUCAGGUGAGUCCAGACAGAAACCAGCAGGUGAGAUUCUUCAGGUAUUCUUACAGUUUGGACUCGACAUCUCUGCACUAAACGUUAAGCAGCCGCUGCAGGUUGAUAAAUCUAUGACAAAUACAGAGACAUGAACAUGAGAACAGACAGGUUGGUCACAUCUAUGACUCCUUCUCAUGUAACCAGAAGCUUCCUCCUUCCUUUCACCCAGUGAAGAACCAGUAACACCAGUAAGACAAGUUCCUGUCUCUGAGACUGUGAGCAGCAUCAGGAGUCUCCGUUAUAAAACAGUCUCUUGGUAUACCUGUCUCAGAGUCUGUACAGGUGCAACAUUCACCUGUAAAAUUUCUUUAAUAAACUCAGACUCUCGUUUCGACAUUCACGUCUUUCAAGGUCUGUUCUGUGUUUAUUCAUUUAUUUUGUAUUAAAUCGGUGCAAAACGACAAAACACUGAAUAAAUACUUCACAGAAGUGACAGAAAUCGACAGAGAUACAUAUUUAUAUAAUAUACGAAGGCAGCGCUCGAGUUACACCGCGGCUUCUCCACCGCGUUUGCUUUGUUAAGCAGACCAGGCGGAGGCUGCGAUGAACUCGCGGCAGGAACAGAGCGCUGAGUUUAUUAGACGCAAAUGACAAACACACACACUGACGAGGGAUUUACCACCAGCUGUUAUUUAUUCCAGGAACCGAAAUAUAAAAACAGCAAACAAACGACAAGACGUGGCAAUAAAAGUACAAAUCACUAUAAUCCGGUUUUAUGAAAGAGGCUCCUGAUGCUGUGAUACAGGAUGAGAACAUCAGGAGAACAUCAUGAGAACAGGAUGAGAACAGGAUGAGAACAUCAGGAGAACAUCAGGAGAACAUCAGGAGAACAGGAUGAGAACAUCAGGAGAACAUCAUGAGAACAGGAUGAGAACAUCAGGAGAACAUCAUGAGAACAGGAUGAGAACAUCAGGAGAACAUCAGGAGAACAUCAGGAGAACAGGAUGAGAACAGGAUGAGAACAUCAGGAGAACAUCAUGUUCUCAUCAUGAGAACAGGAUGAGAACAUCAUGAGAACAGGAUGAGAACAUCAGGAGAACAUCAUGUUCUCAUCAUGAGAACAGGAUGAGAACAUCAGGAGAACAUCAGGAGAACAUCAGGAGAACAGGAUGAGAACAUGAUGAGAACAGGAUGAGAACAUCAUGAGAACAUCAGGAGAACAGGAUGAGAACAUCAGGAGAACAGGAUGAGAACAUGAUGAGAACAGGAUGAGAACAGGAUGAGAACAUGAUGAGAACAUCAUGAGAACAGGAUGAGAACAUAUUGAGAACAUGAUGAGAACAUCAGGAGAACAUGAUGAGAACAUCAUGAGAACAGGAUGAUAACAGGAUGAGAACAUCAUGAGAACAGGAUGAGAACAGGAUGAUAACAGGAUGAGAACAUCAUGAGAACAGGAUGAGAACAUCAGGAGAACAUCAGGAGAACAUGAUGAGAACAUCAGGAGAACAUGAUGAGAACAUGAUGAGAACAGGAUGAUAACAGGAUGAUAACAGGAUGAGAACAUCAUGAGAACAGGAUGAGAACAGGAUGAUAACAGGAUGAUAACAGGAUGAGAACAUCAUGAGAACAGGAUGAGAACAUCAGGAGAACAUCAGGAGAACAUGAUGAGAACAGGAUGAGAACAGGAUGAUAACAGGAUGAGAACAGGAUGAGACCAUCAGGAGAACAUGAUGAGAACAUGAUGAGAACAUCAGGAGAACAUCAGGAGAACAGGAUGAGAACAGGAUGAGAACAGGAUGAGAACAGGAUGAGAACAUCAUGAGAACAGGAUGAGAACAGGAUGAGAACAUGAUGAGAACAUCAUGAGAACAUCAUGAGAACAGGAUGAUAACAGGAUGAGAACAUGAUGAGAACAGGAUGAGAACAUCAUGAGAACAUCAUGAGAACAGGAUGAUAACAGGAUGAGAACAUGAUGAGAACAGGAUGAGAACAUGAUGAGAACAGGAUGAUAACAGGAUGAGAACAUCAGGAGAACAUCAGGAGAACAUGAUGAGAACAGGAUGAGAACAGGAUGAGAACAGGAUGAUAACAGGAUGAGAACAGGAUGAGAACAUCAGGAGAACAUGAUGAGAACAUCAGGAGAACAUGAUGAGAACAGGAUGAGAACAUCAGGAGAACAUGAUGAGAACAUCAGGAGAACAUGAUGAGAACAUCAGGAGAACAGGUUGAGAACAUCAGGAGAACAUGAUGAGAACAUCAGGAGAACAUGAUGAGAACAUCAGGAGAACAUGAUGAAAACAGGAGAACGUGUCUACAGGAGGAACUUCCUCAGUCGGUCCGUUGAGGACUUCAGUCUCUGCUGGACUUUGAGUCAGGAUCCAGAUCCAGUCUGAGAGCAAUAAGAGGAUCGAAGCUUUUCAACUUCAGGAUGAAAAUCAUUUGCAGCGACAAUCAGACGAUGAUGUCACAGUGUUGAUUGAUUGGUUUAUUGAUUGACUGAAUGGAGCCUGUUUUUGUACCGAGCUUCACACUUUUAUAAAAAUGUCGGUGAACUCAACGCGAACAAAAUGCAACUUUUUGACAACAUGUGAAGUCAGUGUUUUAUGGACGUCUGAUUCUGAUCAACAUGAUUAUUGUUCAAUAAGACGUUUGUCUGUUGACACCCAGAGGCCUCUGUGUCGUCACAGGCUGAUCUGAGUUCUUCUUCAGGUCGGAAACCAGGCUGACCUCCAGUCUGCUCCAACAGGAAGCCGCGGUCACAUGACACACGCAGUCACUUCAGACACAUGAAGAAGAAACAGAGUUCAACUCUGAAUGAAGUCUGAAAGAUGUAAAGUCACAGUGCCCCCUCCUGCUAGUGACCUGUCUGUCUGUCUGCCUGUCUGUCUGUCUGCCUCCACCUCUCUGUCUGUCUGCCUGUCUGUCUGUCUCUCUGUCUGCCUGUCUGUCUGCCUGUCUGUCUGUCUGCCUCUCUGUCUGUCUGUCUGUCUGCCUGUCUGUCUGUCUGCCUCCACCUGUCUGUCUGUCUGUCUGCCUGUCUGUCUGUCUGUCUGUCUGCCUCCACCUGUCUGUCUGCCUGUCUGCCUGUCUGUCUGUCUGCCUCCACCUGUCUGUCUGCCUGUCUGUCUGUCUGUCUGUCUGCCUGUCUGUCUGUCUGCCUCCACCUGUCUGCCUGUCUGUCUGCCUGUCUGUCUGUCUGCCUGUCUGCCUGUCUGCCUGUCUGCCUCCACCUGUCUGUCUGUCUGUCUGUCUGCCUGUCUGCCUCCACCUGUCUGUCUGCCUGUCUGUCUGCCUGUCUGCCUCCACCUGUCUGUCUGUCUGUCUGCCUGUCUGUCUGCCUCCACCUGUCUGUCUGCCUGCCUGUCUGCCUGCCUCCACCUGUCUGCCUGUCUGCCUGCCUCCACCUGUCUGCCUGUCUGUCUGCCUCCACCUGUCUGUCUGUCUGUCUGCCUGUCUGUCUGCCUCCACCUGUCUGUCUGCCUGUCUGUCUGCCUCCACCUGUCUGUCUGCCUGCCUGUCUGUCUGCCUGUCUGUCUGCCUGUCUGUCUGCCUCCACCUGUCUGUCUGUCUGUCUGCCUGUCUGUCUGCCUCCACCUGUCUGUCUGCCUGCCUGUCUGUCUGCCUCCACCUGUCUGCCUGUCUGCCUGCCUCCACCUGUCUGCCUGUCUGUCUGCCUCCACCUGUCUGUCUGCCUCCUCUGUAGCGACACUGAUUAAAAGCACAAAUGUUAAGCAACAUAAGCCCCGCCUACCUCCAAAGAUCAAACCACAGGAUUGGACACUGCUGUCACUCUCAGAUUGAUUGACAGAUCAAUACAGGGACUCCGUUAACAUGUGCUGCUGCUGAAUGAUGUCAUUAACUUGAACAUCCUGUGAUUUCUGAUUGGCUGCACCAGCUGUCAUGUGACCGCAGCUUCAGCGGAGCAGGAGGAGUCCCAGCAUGCACUUCUUCUAACUGGUCUCUCUAUAAACCCGUGUUUAAUGGCUGUGUGUCCACUGUCCAGUCUGAGCGCUGCAGUGCUGCAGUGCUAGUGUGUAAUACUCUGCAGGGACUCUUAGUUCUGAGCACUCUGGAGUACUCUGGAGUACUGCGGAGUACUGUGGAGCACUCUGGAGCACUCUGGAGUACUGCGGAGUACUGCGGAGUACUGUGGAGUACUGUGGAGUACUCUGGAGCACUCUGGAGUACUGUGGAGUACUCUGGAGCACUCUGGAGUACUGUGGAGUACUGUGGAGCACUCUGGAGUACUGUGGAGCACUCUGGAGCACUCUGGAGUACUGCGGAGUACUGUGGAGCACUCUGGAGCACUCUGGAGUACUGUGGAGUACUGUGGAGUACUCUGGAGUACUGCGGAGCACUCUGGAGUACUGUGGAGCACUCUGGAGCACUCUGGAGUACUGUGGAGUACUGUGGAGCACUGCGGAGUACUGUGGAGCACUCUGGAGCACUCUGGAGUACUCUGGAGUACUGCGGAGUACUGUGGAGUACUGUGGAGCACUGCGGAGUACUGUGGAGCACUCUGGCGCACUCUGGAGUACUCUGGAGUACUGCGGAGUACUGUGGAGCACUCUGGAGUACUGUGGAGUACUCUGGAGUACUGUGGAGCACUCUGGAGCACUGUGGAGUACUGCGGAGCACUCUGGAGCACUGUGGAGUACUGCGGAGCACUCUGGAGUACUGCGGAGCACUCUGGAGUACUCUGGAGCACUCUGGAGUACUGCGGAGUACUGCGGAGUACUGUGGAGUACUGUGGAGUACUCUGGAGUACUGUGGAGUACUCUGGAGUACUGCGGAGUACUGCGGAGCACUCUGGAGUACUGUGGAGCACGGUGGAGUACUCUAGAGUACUCUGGAGUACUGCGGAGCACUCUGGAGUACUGUGGAGUACUGUGGAGUACUCUAGAGUACUGUGGAGUACUCUGGAGUACUGCGGAGUACUGCGGAGCACUCUGGAGUACUGUGGAGCACGGUGGAGUACUCUAGAGUACUCUGGAGUACUGCGGAGCACUCUGGAGUACUGUGGAGUACUGUGGAGUACUCUAGAGUACUGUGGAGUACUGCGGAGUACUAUGGAUACUCAGGGCUGUAGCCACGAUUCUAGAAACACUCAAGGCCUCCAGCAGAAACCCACCAGCCACCAACCAAACUCUGUACAAAUUUCUGAGUAUUUAAAAAAGUAUAUUUAUCCAUGUAACUGUUCAGUUAUACUUCAUGUAAGUUGUGUCUCACAUGUCACAGUCUGGUGCCAGGUAUUUUCGUCUGGUGAGGAAUAUUAAAUUCUUCUCAUUUUAAUUUAAUAAAGUGUAAAAAAACCAAACUUAGUCUGAAAGGAUCAGAAAACUCCUGAUUCAUCAGAACAUAAACUCUUCCUCCAGUCCGAGGACACGACCCUGACAGUAUUCCAGUACAGUACCAUACUUGUGUAGCAGUACCGGUAUUUGGUCUGUGUCCCCCUUCAGGUCCAGGACCAGCUGUUGUCCAGCUGUGUGGACAGUCUGUCAGAGUGACAUCACAGCUGUUUCUGCCGUGAUGCGUUCAGGUGCACUCUGUACAGUUGGAGUUUCUUGUACAGUCUGAACUUUGUGUAAAAAUCAUUUUCUAUCUUUUUGGACUCUUUUGUCAUUUGUACUUUUUUCACUCUGAACUCUUUCUGCUGUUCGAUGUUGGAAAAGAAAAAUGUACAAACAAAUAAAGAUUUCUGCUCACGGCUUCCCGUCACAGACACAGUCGUCCAUAUA